AAAACCCCACUACCUUGCCCUCAUCCUGUCAUGGCUUUCCCUGAAUGCAGGCUGCACCACGCAAUACUUUCACGGCACUAACAUAAUAACCAGCGCAGCUUGUUGGUACAUGGAAGUUGGAGUGGAGUUGCUGUGUACUUGCACUGUACUGUGGAAAGCGCCCUGGGCUGGUAUGGGUUACUUCGAAGGAUUGUCUCGUCACCGAAGAGCAGUGAGAAAAGGCGAUUGUGCGUAACUCGGCUGAAGUUUUUCAUUGCGCUAUUUCGCCGUUUAAAUGCGAAAUAUUUCGCAUAAGAAGACUGAAAAUACGCAGUCUUGAAGACAGGUUGGAGCCCACCAGCCAGGGCGAUUCCUUAAAAGUGUUCUGCCACUAAACGGAAAGAAGAACGAGCAAAACUGAUAUUUUAAUCCAGAGGAACAAACCGAAGACUUGGACCGUGACAGUGCAUCGGGAAACAGGAGCCAUUGAGCGCAAGUCAUUAGGGAAUGCAUAAUUCAGUAUGGAAGUUCACACCACCAACAAAGGGUUUCAAUUCACGCUAAUGGAAUUAAUCCCGUCCUAGGGGAAACCCACCAUGGAGCAGUAGGCUAUAUUUUAUUGUUGACACCCUUAAAACAGGGUUGCUUCUCGUGGUGCCGUGUUGGGUCCUUUUUGCGGUCCACGGCGGAUGUGAUACUGUCGGUAAAACCCAUCAACGAGUAGGUGAUGUCGAAUGGCUUGCAGAGGACAACAGCUCGAAAGAUGAGGAGUGGAUUGUGAAAAUAGGAACGUUGGGAUAUAUGUUGUCUGCAACACGCAUCGUUGAUAAUGGCAUCCAAAGAGAGACUGUACGAGGUGUGGAUGCUUUACUGCAACAAGAAGGACCCGGACUACCUGAAGCUGUGGCUGGAGAACUUUGUCGGCUCCUAUGAGAGAUGCCUGGACGUGGACUUCGAGAAACCGCCCUCCAGGCUGGAGGAGGUUCCCCCGGUGAUGUCACUGCUGCCGGACAACAUCCUCCAGGUGCUGCGUCACCAGCUGCUGCAGUGCGUCAACAAGGUGUCAGACGGGCUGGAGCAGGAGCAGCAGAACCUGGCCCUGCUGCUCGUCAAGUUCCUCAUCGUCAUCUGCAGGAACCUCGCUAAUGUGGAGGAGAUCGGCACCUGUUCCUACAUCAACCACGUCAUCACCAUAACAACGCUGUACAUUCAGCAGCUGAAGAGUAGGACAAAGGAGAAGGAGCUGGCAGACCAGACUCCAGCGGAGGAGUUUGUGCGGCACGCCCUGGCCUUCUGCGAGAGUCUCUACGACCCGUACCACAACUGGAGACACCGUGUGUGCGGGGAGCAGCUCAGUGCAGUAGAGAGGAGCAGACAGAAGUACAAGGCUGCGCCCCUGACUGUGGAGUUUGUCCCAUUUUUCUACCAGUGCUUCCAGGAGAGCGAGCACCUGAAGGGCAGUCUGAAAUGCGGGCUGCUGCACCUGUUUGGAGCCGUGGUGGCGGGGGGACAGCGGAACGCGCUCCAGGCCAUCUCCCCGGCCACCAUGGAGGUGCUGAUGCGGGUGCUGGCGGACUGCGAGUGCGGGGACUCGGACGACUGGGACUCGGACGACUGGGACUCGGGGGACUCCUCGGCCCCGGACCGCCGGGCGCUGCUGACGCUGGGCUGCCUGCGCGAGGUGGUGCAGCGCCUCCUGGCCAGCAGCUCCGACCAGCGGCAGGUGGAGAUCGGCUCCGUGCUGGAGAACUACUUCAAGCUGCUCAACUCUGACCCCGCCGCCCUGCAGGCCAAAGGUCGCGGCACGCCCGCCCAGCAGAAGCGGUCCCGGCACUGGGAGAGCCGCUUCGUGGCCCUGCAGGUCCACAUGCUGGACACCAUCAGAGAGAUGUUUGAGUGCCCCGACCGGCCCGUUCUGCAGGCCAUCUUCCUCAACAGCAACUGCUUCGAGCACCUGACCCGCCUGCUGCAGAACAGCAAGGUGUUCCAGGGACGGCUGGACUCUCUGGCCGUGUCCACCAUCAAAGCCCUGACCACCGUGAUGCACAAGUCUCCGGCUGCCAAGGAAGUGUUUAAGGAGCGCAUUGGCUACAUACACCUGUACGAGGUGCUCUACUCCCUGGGCCAGCCCUCCCGGCACCUGCUGAAGGAGCUGAUGAACAUGGCGGUGGAAGGGGAGCACUCCUCGGUGGGGAUCUUGGGGAUCAGCAACGUGCAGCCGCUCCUGCUGCUGGUGCAGUGGCUGCCCGAGCUGGAGGCGGAGCUGCAGACCUUCACGGCCGACUGGCUGCGCCGGCUCUGCUGCAUCAACCGGCAGACCCGGGCCACCUGCGUCAACGCCGCCAUGGCCAUGCGCCUGCUGGCCGCGCUGGGGCACCGCGCCCGGCUGCACCGCGCCUGCGCCGAGAGCCUGGUGGCCCUGCUGGGGGCGCUGGGCGGCCAGUCGCUGAGCGGGGGCGAGCUCCGGCAGCUGCUGAGGCUGCUGCGCACGGACGACCCCCGCCGGCCGCACCCCUACGUGGGGCCCGUGCUGCGGGCCGUCCUGGGCAUGGUGCGCAAGCAGGGCCUGGAGAGCGCCAUGCAGUACUUCGACCUGUCGCCCAGCAUGGCGGGGAUCGCCGUGCCCACCAUCCUCCGCUGGCCCGGCUCCGCCUUCAGCUUCUUCGCCUGGCUGUCGCUGGACCAGGACCAGCAGGGCCUCAGCAAAGGGGAGAAGAGGAAACAGCUGUACAGUUUUUUCACCCCAGGAGGAACAGGGUUCGAGGCCUUCAUCAGUUCAGCGGGGGUGCUGGUGGUGGCGGUGUGCACUAAGAAGGAGUACGUGACCGUCAUGCUGCCGGACUACUGCUUCUGCGACUCCCUGUGGCACAGUAUCGCCGUGGUGCACGUGCCAGGGAAGAGGCCGUUCGGGCAGAGCCAGGUGUUCAUCUACGUGGACGGACAGCAGAAGCUGUCUGCUCCCCUCAAAUACCCAACAAUGACCGAGUCCUUUUCUUCCUGCUGCAUCGGAUCGGCUGGCCACAGAACCACGACCCCGCCCCCGUCUCAGAUCCCUGACCCGCCCGUUUCCAUGGCGCCCGCCCCGGGCCGGUCCUCGCUGGGCGGCAUCCUGUCUUCCCCGGGCUGGGGGGGUCUGCUGGGGGGCAAGCCGGAGUCUGUGACCAAACUGAUCUCCGCGGGGACCCAGGACAGCGAGUGGGGCAGCCCCACCUCUCUGCAGGGCCAGCUGGGCGGGGUCAUGGUGUUCCACGAGCCCCUGCAGCCCGCGCACGUCAAGGCCCUGUGCAGCGCAGGACCGAACUGCAUCUCGCCUUUCAAGAGCCAGGAGUCUGAGCUUGGGGACCUUCCCGCAAAACUCUUGCUGCACUACUCCCCUAAGGCUUGUCGGAACCCCAUCUGCCUGGACCUGUCCCCAAACCUGCUGCACGGCCGUCUCACAGGAAACAAGGUGGUGAACUGGGACAUCAAGGACAUGAUUAACUGCGUGGGGGGGCUGCCCGUGCUCUUCCCAAUCCUGGAGCAGCUGGCCGUCCUGCCCCCUGACCAAACCGCCGAACCCCUGGGGUCAGAGUUCAUCACCCCUGACCUGGCCACGCCGGCUGAGGGGGAUUGGGUCAUCCUUCCCUCCAAUAGGGCAUCAGAAGCACGGUUGGAGAAGAACAUGGUUGCCACCUUCCUGCUGGUGAUAAAGCACUUCAUCCAGAGGCAUCCAAUCAACCAGGAGAGCCUGCUGCAUUCCCACGGAGUGGCCACGCUGGGAGCCCUGCUGCAGAAGCUGCCUGCCAGUAUGGUGGAUGUGAGUGUGCUGGUCUCUGCCCAGCUGCUGGUGGAGCAGGUCACCUUCGAGAAGAACACACAGCUUCUGCAGCAGCUACACACACACCUGCUCUUCAACUUCACCAUCUGGAACCAGGGAGACUUCCCCCUGCGCAUCGGUCACAUCCAGUACAUGUCCACCAUCAUUAAGGACAGCAGGAAGCAGUUCAGGAAGAAAUACGGGGUGCAGUUCCUGCUGGACACCAUCCGCCUCUACUACGGCAGCGGUAGCCGGGAGGGGGACCUGAGCGAGGAUGACGUCCGCACCAUCCGGGCCUCCCUCUGCGGCCUCCUCAAGUACUACAUCAGCAAGGGCGUGACCCAGGACGAGCUGCAGAGCAUUCUGGGAUACAUGGCAGCCAUUGGUGACGAGGAACAGCUGUGUGGGAUGCUGGAGCUGCUCCUGACCCUGCUGCAGACCAGCGCGGCGCGUGACCAGCUCUUCCUGCUGCUGUUCGAACCCGGAGCCGCAGACACCUGCUACGGCCCGCUGCUCAACAGCAAGCACUCCGACAAGCUGAGAGAGCUGGUCUUUAAGCUGUUCGAGCGCAUGCUGCGCUGUGACCGGGUUUAUGAGAAGAGUAAGCAGAGGCUGACUAGGGAGGUGGGGUACUCUGGCCUCACGCUCCUGUUCUCUGACCCCUGCAUCACCCCCACCCUGGUCAGGUGCCUGCUCACCCAGGUGCUGUCUGCAGACGCAGUGGUGAACUAUAAAGACCUGAUGGCCCUGGUACAGCUGACCCAUCGGCCGGGCCGAGUGUACGUCUGCAAGUGUGCAAGAAGUUGUACCAGCUCCUACAGUCCCAGCAGGAUGCGGCGCUGCAGAUCUCUCGGCAGCUCUGCUGGCAGGAGACCGGGGGGGCGGGGCGACAGCAGCAGCACGGCCAGUCUGGAGCUGAGCAGGAGCAGCGGGGGCCGGCCCGACCCCGCCCUGGAGAGACGGGCCCUCCUGGAGGCUCUGGGGCGGGGGAGGAGGAGAGGGGGGAACCCGGGGACAGCGCGGGGGACAAGCCGGCUCCGUGGACAGCCUGGAGCUGCUGUCCCUGGGGGAACCGCCCGCCGACGCCCCGGGGCCCAAGCCCUGGGCCGGGAAAGCCGGGGACUUGAGUCUGGACCUGACCCAGGCCCGGCUCUACGAGGCGGGGGACAGCGGCAGCCAGACCCCCGGGAGCGUGCCCAGCACGGCCGGUCGCCCCUGGAGACCGCCAAGCCUUUCCCCGGCACCGCCCCCGAGCGUGAGGUCUCCACCGGCUCCGCCCCCCUGGAGGACAGCUUUCUGUUCGGAGACGACCUGUCGCUCGGGGAGGUCCUUCAGCAGCCUGGAGAGACAGAGGAGGAGCUGUGCCGCAUGCUGCUGGAGGUGGUGCUGUGUGUGAUGUGGAGGGGUGAGGGCUCUGAUGACACAGCCUGGCUGGAGCGGGGUCAGGUGUUCUCCGCCCUCACCAAGCUGGGCACCGCCAACGAGCUGCUGCUGCCCGUGGAACCACAUCAAGCUGAGGUAGCCCUGCUGGAGAAGAUGCUGGAGUGGGCGGUGUCGGAUAACCGGGAGGCCACGGCGGCCAUGUUGCCGCAGACACGGGAGAACGCGGUGCGGCUGCUGCACAUGCUGCAGGACUUCCUGCAGGCCGAGGGGCUGGUGAACCCGGCGCUGUGGACCGAGAAGGUUCUGGAAGAGGCGGUGACGCUGAUGGACAGCCUGAUGGUGUGGUACACCUCAGGGACGCAGUGGCUGGAGCUCCAGGUGGGCACCCGCCUGCUGCUGGGCUUCAUGGCGCAGGACGACAUGCAGGUGUGUGCCAUGGCCGGCAAGCUGAACGGCAUCCUGCAGACCAAGCGCGUGGAGACGCAGGACGAGGCCUGCUACCCUGGCAGCCUGGAGGGCAUCCUGAGCCGCUCGGUGCGGGAGCAGACGGAGACGUACUCCUUCCUCAUCCCGCUGCUACGCACGCUGCUGUCCAAGAUCCACAAGCUGCUGUACAUGGAGCUGCACCUGCCCUCGCUGCCCGACACCAACGGCUCGCCCUCCUUCUUCGAGGACUUCCAGCUGUACUGCAGCUCCCCGGAGUGGAGGGUCUACCUGGACAAAUAUAUCAUCCCGUACAUGAAGCAGUAUGAGAUCGAGAUGUUCAGCCAGGGCCACGAGUCCAUGGCUCUGUUCUGGAAGGACUGCUUCGAGGCCUUCAUGGUCAGCCUGCACCGGCGCGAGAGGGAGCGCGGGGAGAGCAAGAUCCGCUUCCAGGAGCAGUUCCUGGAGCCGUACUCUCGGCGCGGCCGCCAGGAGAACCUGCGCUACAACAGCAUGCUGAAGCAGCUGCACAGCCAGCACGGCGCCAUCCUCAGGCAGUGGAAGGCAUCGCGGCGCAGCCUGGUGUGCGAGAGGGGCCCCUGGGCUGAGAGGCAGCAGGGUGAGAUGCACUGGCGCGUCUCCAGCGCAGAGAACUACUCGCGGAUGCGGCUCAAACUGGUGCGCAACUACAACUUCGACCCGCACAGCGAGGCCAGCGCACUGAGGGACAACCUGGGUGUGCAGCAGCUGCAGGUGUGCUCUCAGUCUCUGCUCCUGGAGGCGGUGAAGCAGGUGAAGGUGAGCGACCUGGAGGACGACACUCUGGAGCUGCCUGAGGACGACCCCGCCGGGGGCAACAACCUGAGCGAGGCUGAGGAGGCGGGGCAGAGGGAGAAGCUGGUUCUGUGGGAGGACUGUGAGAUGGUCACCGUGAUGGACGUCAGCCCCGGCCGCCUGGAGCUCACCACCCAGCACAUCUACUUCUACGACAGCAGCACGGAGAAGGAGGAGGGUGUGGGUUAUGACUUCAAGUGGCCGCUGUCGCAGAUCCGCGAGAUUCACCUGCGCAGGUACAACCUGCGGCGCUCUGCCUUGGAGAUCUUCCUCAUCGACCAGACCAACUACUUCCUCAACUUCAAGAAGGAGGCGAGGAACAAGGUGUACAGUCGUAUCCUGCUGCUGCGCUCCCUCAGCCUGCACGGAACGCGCUCUCCUCAGGAGCUGCUCAAGGCCUCCGGGCUCACUCAGAAAUGGGUGAACAGGGAGAUUUCCAACUUUGACUACCUCAUCCAGCUCAACACCAUCGCAGGGCGUACCUACAACGACCUGGCGCAGUAUCCUGUGUUCCCCUGGAUCUUGACGGAUUACACCUCUGAGGAGCUGGACCUCUCUGACCCGCGGGUGUUCAGGGACCUGUCCAAGCCCAUCGCCGUCGUCAACGAGAGGAACGCCAAGGCCGUGAGAGAGAAAUAUGAGAGUUUUGAGGACCCCACAGGGACCAUCGACAGGUUCCACUACGGAACCCACUACUCCAACGCCGCCGGGGUCAUGCACUACCUGCUGCGGGUCGAGCCCUUCACCUCCCUGCACAUCCAGCUGCAGAGCGGCAGGUUCGACUGUGCGGAUCGGCAGUUCCAUUCCAUUCCCGCCACCUGGCAGACCCUCAUGGACAACCCCAAUGAUGUGAAGGAGCUCAUCCCAGAAUUCUUCUAUUUUCCCGAAUUCCUGGAAAACCAGAAUGAGUUCGACCUGGGCCGCCUCCAGAUCUCCAAGGAGAGGGUCAGUGACGUCAUCCUUCCCAAAUGGGCCAAGUCUCCCGAGGACUUCAUCUACAAGCACAGGAAAGCCCUGGAGUCUGAGCACGUGUCGACCCACCUGCACGAGUGGCUCGAUCUGAUCUUCGGCUACAAACAGAGAGGCCCUGCAGCCGUGGAGGCACUCAAUGUCUUCUACUACUGCACGUAUGAAGGUGCGGUGGACCUGGACGCCAUCACAGACGAGAAGGAGCGCAAGGCCGUGGAGGGGAUGAUCAGUAAUUUCGGACAGACGCCCUGUCAGCUGCUCAAGGAGCCCCACCCGGUGCGCCUGUCUCUGGAGGAGGCGGAGAAGAAGAAGGCCAGACUCGACUCCUGCCCCCUCAGCAUCUUCGAGCACCUCACCGAGCUCAAGUCCUUCUUUGUGGAGGGCAUCAGUGACAAUGUGCCCCUGGUCAAGGCCAUGGUUCCCAAAAACCAAUCCCACUCGUUCAUCACCCAGGGCAGCCCUGACACACUGGUGACUCUGAGUCAGAACGGCCUGAUGGGGGCACACGCAUGGCUGCCCUACGACAAGAACAUCUCCAACUACUUCACCUUCAUCAAAGACCCCACUGUGGCCACUCCCAAGACCCAGCGCUUCCUGGGCGGGCCUUUCUCCCCGGAAGUGGAGGUGACGGCGCGGCUGUUUGUGGUGUCACAUGACGGGAAGCUGCUGUUCAGCGGGGGUCACUGGGACAACAGCCUGAGGGUCACCUCCCUGCUGAAGGGCAAGACAGUGGGCCAGCACAUCCGACACAUGGACAUAGUGACCUGCUUGGCGACAGACUACUGCGGCAUCCACCUGAUGUCAGGCUCGCGGGACACCACCUGUAUGGUGUGGCAGGUGCUGCAGCAGGGUGGGGCUCCGGUGGGCCUGUGCCCCAAACCAGUGCAGGUGUUGUACGGACACACGGAUGAGGUGGUGAGCGUCAGCAUCAGCACAGAGCUGGACAUGGCUGUGUCAGGAUCAAGGGAUGGCACGGUGAUAAUCCACACCAUCCGGAGAGGCCAGUACACGCGCUCCCUGCGGCCGCCCUGCGAGAGCUCCCUGCCCCUGUCCAUUCUGCACCUGGCCGUGUCCUGGGAGGGCGGGUUGGUGGUGCACACCUGCGUGGAGGGCAAGGCCUCGCUCAAGGAUAAGAACGCUCUUCACGUGUACUCUGUGAACGGUAAACACCUGUGUACGGAGAGCCUGCAGGAGCAGGUGACCGACCUGUGCGUGUCCGGGGAGUACAUCGUACUGGGCAGCGAGCAGGGCUUCCUGUCCAUCCGCCAUCUCUACAGCCUGGCCCUCUGCGCGGCGCCCAUGGCCAUGCGCGUCCCCGUGCACUGCGUCUCCGUCACCAAGGAGCAGAGCCACGCCCUGGUGGGGCUGCAGGACGGGAAGCUGAUCAUCGUAGGCGUGGGCAAGCCGGCCGAGAUGCGCUCGGGCCAAAUCACGCGCAAGCUGUGGGGCUCCAGUAAGCGCCUGACCCAGAUCUCAUCCGGGGAGACCGAGUACCACACCAGGGACCACAACUGACGGGCCCCUCGCCCCCAAUCACAAAUCCCCCCCCCCCCCCCCCCAACCCUCCCCCUCCACACUGCCUCCCGAUUGGCUCUCUGCCCUGUUAAUCACUACAGCCUUCACCCAAUGGAAGGUGAUGGAAUAAUGCCUGUGUUUAAUUGGACGUCACCGCUCCCUGCUUUGACCCGGACCGUCUGUUCUUCACACGUUGAGACUGUGAGGUCCGGUAGGGCUGCACCCCCCACCCCCUCCCCCCAGCUGACGGGACCGUAACCGAGCUUACCCAACCAGCCAGACCGUGUCUGGG